CAUCAUUGCCUCGUGAGGUUUUGAUCUCCAGCAGUAUCAUGCCUGAACCAGCAAAGUCCGCGCCGAAGAAAGGCUCCAAGAAGGCCGUCACUAAGACCGCCGCGAAAGGAGGAAAGAAGCGCAGAAAGUCCAGGAAGGAGAGUUACGCUAUCUACGUGUACAAAGUGCUGAAGCAGGUUCAUCCUGACACCGGGAUCUCUUCGAAGGCGAUGGGCAUCAUGAACUCUUUCGUCAACGACAUCUUCGAGCGCAUCGCCGGUGAGUCGUCUCGUCUCGCUCACUACAACAAGCGCUCCACCAUCACUUCCCGAGAGAUCCAGACCGCCGUGCGUCUGCUGCUGCCCGGGGAGCUGGCCAAACACGCCGUGUCCGAGGGCACCAAGGCCGUCACCAAGUACACCAGCUCCAAGUAGAGCUCCGCUGCAGCUCAACACACAAAGGCUCUUUUAAGAGCCACACAACUCUUCUUAAAAUAACUUCUGACCGUUGUGUGGAAGGCUCACAGCGGGAAUGGUUUCGGGGAUGUUCGCUGUCUUUACAAAACCUAAAAGCCUCAUGUUUUGUUUUAAGUAUUUUAAGUGUAAUUAGGGUUAAACGUUAAGUUAUUUCUAAAGUUAUGUUAAGUCAACGAACGUAUUGGCAUCCAAAGUACGUAUACACACACACACACACACACACACACACCUCAAGGCUAACAACAUCACAGGUGAACACAAAAAGGGAACACACCUAUCGAGAUCUGGGGGAAUGUAUAGUACCGGUUCAGCCACUGGCAGUCUUUCAUUAAGCCUUGGACCAAUCCUGAGAGGAGACAACCGCGAACACAUCCACAACAUGCAAUACAUCCUGGACGUAACAAUUUAAACACAUUGACACCUAUAAAUGAAUGAAGGCUAUAUCUUGAUAGAAUAAACUGGCAUUUUGAUUUUAUAAAUUAUUGCCU